CUUUUAAUAUAUUAAUAAUUUGAAACGUUUGUAUAAGUGACGUCUGACUUUUUUACAAUUAAAAUAAAGGCUAAAUAAUAAAUAGUGUGGUUGUAUUUCCAUGUUUCUCCGCCAGAUGGCACCAUCUAUUAUCUGUUAGAUAAUCAGAGCCAAUUAUUAUCUAACAGAUUUUGUUUUGUUUGGUUUCUUUGGUCUUUAUUUGAACGUUUUUUGCCAGGAAAGUAAUGAGAGAGAGGGAAGACAUGGGGCAAAGGUCACCAGGCCGGGAAUCGAACCUGCGACGGCUGCACCAAGGACCGAGGCCUCUUUAUCUGGGCUGUGCUUAACCGCUGUGACCAGCAGACCGUGUGGUUCUGACUCAGUCCGUCAGAACCACAAGAACAUCAUGGCUGAACCAAUGAAAGCAUAAAUGAAAUAAAAGCUGCGUUCAGCCGUUCACCGCUUCAGCCUGACACAAGGUGGCGCUGCGGAGGCAGAGCCAGUGCUCAGAAUGUGGAGCAACGCCGCCAUCGAGCUGGACAGGAAACCAGUUUGUUUCUUAGCAACAGGAGAUAACAGCAGCUCCAGUAUGACGGGCGAUUAGGCUGUCCGGUUCUGGUUCUGGUUCAGUUCUAACUUUAUUCAGUAAGAUCUUGGUUGUGACUCCAGGACCUCCUGCUGUUCAGGUUUGGACCGGUGGUUCUGAUUGGCGUUCUGUCUCAGUACAGUUUGGUUAAAACGGUUCUGAUCCUUCAGCCAGUGAUGGAUCAGAAACGUUGGGAUGAGUGAUGGAUUCAGUCCAGGUGAACCGGGACGGGUUCUCCAGGAUUCUUCUUCUGGAACUCGGUUUGGGUCAGAGCCGACCCGGUUCAGAGGCAGAACGUGGACCCAGAGGAAAUCAUGAGCAGCUCAGGAAGAGAAGGAUCUAAAAAUAAAACGAAGGAACAGAAAUAAGACCAGGAGGAAGAGGAGGACGCUCCUCCUCCUCUUCAUCAUCCUCUCCCUCCUCCUCCUCGUCUUCCUCCUCCACUUCAAACUGCAGCGCCAACCUGAGCGGAAAGCAGAAGCUGCCGGACCCGCUGAACCGUCAGAAGCUCCAGCUGCUGCAGCGUUCUUCGUCUUCAAGUGAGGAAAGUUUUCAGCAGACGAUCCGGCAGCGACUCCACGGAAACCAGCUGCCGUCUCGUCCUCCAUGGCGGGCCUGGAGGUCUUUGCUGACGCCGCCUCCCUGCUGUCUUUGAACUCCAGCGUCUUCUUCAGUGAGACGCCGGCGCCGUGCGCUAGGGACCCGCUGAACGCCGUGGUCAUCAACGUCGGGGGGAGUCGCUACAUCCUGUCCCAGGAGCUGCUGGCGUCCCACCCGGACACCCGGCUGGGGAAGCUGGUCUGUUGCGGUCGAGACUCUGCGCUGGAGCUCUGCGAUGACGCAGACUUCCUCCAGAAUGAGUUCUUCUUCGACAGAAGCUCCCAACCCUUCCAGUAUGUGAUGAACUUCUACCAGACGGGUCACCUUCAUGUCAUGGAGGAGCUGUGUGAAAUCUCCUUCCUCCUAGAGAUCGAGUACUGGGGCAUUGACGAACUCCGCAUCGACUCCUGCUGCCGGGAACGCUACCACCGCCGAAAGGAGCAAAAAGAGUCCCUGGAUGUCCGCCAGGAGUUUGAGACCGACGAAGAAGAGGAGGACUUUGUAGGUGUGCUCUGUCCAGGCCUGCGUCGGCGUCUCUGGGACAUUCUGGAGAGACCGGAAUCGUCUCGCGCCGCCCGAACCUUCGGCUCCCUCUCCAUCUUCUUCGUGGUGCUGUCAGUCGUCAACAUGGUGCUGAUCUCUCUGGACCUGGACCAGGACUUCGGCGUGAGUUGGCUUGGCGCCGGUGGGCCACAGCUGCUUGACGCUGUGGAGUACGUGUGUGUCCUGUGGUUCACAGGUGAGCUGGCGCUGCGCUUCACCUGCGUCCGGGACAAGUGCCGGUUCAGCAGACGCAUCCCCAACGUGAUUGACCUGCUGGCCAUCCUGCCCUUCUAUGUGACGCUGGCAGUGGAGAGCCUCCAUGGCGGCUCCACCGAGCUGGAGAACGUGGGCCGGGUGGUCCAGGUGCUGCGCCUCCUCAGGACCCUGCGCAUGCUGAAGCUGGGUCGACACUCCACAGGCCUGCGGUCUCUGGGAAUGACCAUCGCUCAGUGUUACGAGGAAGUUGGCCUGCUGCUCCUCUUUCUCAGCGUGGGAAUCUCCAUCUUCGCCGCGCUGGUGUUUGCCCUGGAGCACGACCUCCCGGCCUCCACCUUCACCAGCGUGCCGGCCGCCUGGUGGUGGGCUACCACCUCCAUGACCACGGUGGGCUACGGCGACGUGCGGCCCGACUCGGCAGCGGGGAAGACGUUGGCCUUCCUCUGCAUCCUGUCCGGCAUCCUGAUCCUGGCGCUGCCCAUCGCCAUCAUCAACGACCGUUUCUCUGCCUGCUACUUCACCCUGAAGGUCCGGGAGGCCGCGUUGCGUCACGCCGAUGCGCUCAGGAGGCUGACCCAUGGCUUGCCGGGGGGCGGGGCCGAGCCCGCCGGGGGCGGAGCCAACCUGAGGGACGCCUACGCCCGCAGCGUCCUGGAAAUGCUGCGACUGCAUCGCCGAGAGCGGGCAAGCACACGCAGCAGCGGGGGCGACGAGCUGUGGGGUAAAUAAGCUGCUGGGGGGUAAAUAAGCGAGCCUUGUUGCCCUGGUUCCACUAAGAGUUCAUUUAGUCAAACAGGAGGUGACACCCGCUGCAGUCAUCAUCCUUCUGGUUCCGUCCCGGUUCUUCCAGCCGACCCGGCGGCUCCAGACCUGAUGGCAGGAUAUUUAUGGAGGAGACGCCGGGAUUCUGGACCGGCCCGGUUUCCCACAGGCGGUUCUGGUCCGGCUGGCAGAAACAGAAGCUGGAGAUAAACAGGUUGUCAGAGGGAGAGUGGGUCCAGAUCCCGGUUCUGUUCCCUCUGGCGCCGUGGAUCGGAUGAGGCGGGAAGAGAAGUAGAAUCAGGCAGGAUUAAGGGCGGUUCUGAAACAGAACCGGUUCAGAACCAGAAAGAGUUUCCAGCCAAUCAGGAAGGAAAAAUCCAAGUCCUGCUGAAGGGAACUGGACCUGCUGGAGAACCGGGUCAGCAGGCGGUUCUGCUCAGUAGGACCGGGUCUCUGAACACUGCGGGCGUCGGUUCUGUCCAAUCCGGUGGUAUUCGGUUCGGUCCAGGAACAGAACCUGACUAGGUGGUACCGGAGUCCACGCAGCAGUGUGAUGCAGAAAUAAUAAAAGAUUCUUACAGAAACAAACAAAACAUUAAAGAAUAAAAAAAUAAAAUUGUGUUUCUCCUGAUUGUAAAGAGAACCAGAACCAUUUUGACCCAAUAAACCGUGGAACCAAAUCAAUCUGGUUUUUUCUUUGACUUACAGAACCUUUAUAUUCAUGUGUUUCUGGUACGACCGUAAAGCUGACACACAGCUACAUCUGCUAGCAGCAGUGAUGAAGCUGCUGCUCUCUGUUCAUUUAUAUUUAUAAACAAUCUGCUGCUGGAAAAGAUGCUAAAAGCAGUUAGCCUCAGCGAAGCUAUGCUAGCCUAAAAUAGCAUCUGAAAGCUAUACAUGUAGCAGCUGGCUCUAAUACUGGGCACAGCGGCAGCAGAAAGAACCGGGUCAGAACAAGUAGAACGGGUCAGCUGUUGUAAGAGUUCUCCGUCUAAAUGGAAGAUUGCACACGCUUAAGAGUCAAAUUUUUUUAUAACUAUUCAGAAAUUAGUAUAUUAACAGCCUGUACUAAUCAAUACUAGAAAGGCCAAUUUGAAUGAAAUGAAUAAACAAAAACAAUCAAACAUGUCAGCUUAAGAGUGUGGAUCGGAGGAGACGCCAUGUUUAAUAAAUCAGCUGCUCAGGAAGACAUUUUGAAUAGUUUCUCCUGCAGUCCUUCAUUAUAAACACCAAACCAAAUCUGAAACGGUUUCUGAAAUAAAACAAAAUGAUCUUUCAAUAAUAAUAAAUGUUCAACGAAAAGUCCGCAGUUAUGCGCUCAAAAAUUGCUUAUCCAUGCACACACAAAAAUAACGAUGGGGCCCAAAUGAUUCAUCCAUCUGUGUCCAAAAAAUAAAGAAAAAUAAGGAAACGUCUCACCGGGUUUAUAAUCCUGGGCGGUCUCCUUCUCCAGGCCUGGAAUGAACUUCGCCCAGUCUGUCCAGGUAACGGCACCGGACCUCGGCCCGAUUUGACGUCCUUACAGAGAAGUGAUCUCAAUCCCUCCAGCGUUGGGUCAAGUUUCCCCAGCAACCCAGGUUCUGUCUCUCCGGCCAAAACUCCGGAGCUCCACUGGUCCGACUUCCGGCGUCUCUUCGCCCUGAUGCACCUGAUUGGGAGAGGAAUAAUAAGGAGAACACAAAUAUAACUAAACACACACAACCAGGAGCCAACCUGAAACCAACCAGAAAAAAACUAGGAACCAACCAGGAAAAAAAACUGGAACCAACUUGAAACCAAUCAGGAACCAACCUGAAACCAACCAGGAAAAAACUAGGAACCAACUAUGAACCAACCUGGAACCAACUUGAAA